AUGGCGCCGGGCACUCUGGAGGGAGCACCUGCAGUGGCACCACUUACCACAGAAUUUCUCCAGCAAGCCUUGGAUAAGCAAUCACAACAGCUGAUUUCCAUUUGGCAAGCCAGCGUUGCUGAACUGAAACGGGACCUGCAAGAUUUGGGCUCCCGCAUGGCACACAUGGAGACAAAGAUGGAGGAACUCGUGGAUGCGCAUAAUACAUCUGCGAGGUGGAUCCACACCAUUACUGCACAAUUAAAUCAGUGUGAAGCGAAGAUUAUGGACCUUGAGGACAGGUCCCAGCGUAGCAAUGUACAAGGGAUCUCUGAGACUCUUCUCCCAGCGCAUCUACUGACCUAUGUAAAUAAUUUUUUCAAGCUCCUAGUGCCUGAUGUCCCCACAGAUAUUUUACUAUUAGACCGCUUACACAGGGUUCUGAAACCCCAACAAAUUUCCGCCUCACUGCCCCGAGAAGGGCUGUUAAAGGUGCACUACUUUCAUGUGAAAGAUCUUAUCAUGAAACGCAGCAGAAUUGUGAAAGAUCUCCCAGCUGAAUAUGCCUUUGUUCAAGUAUUCUCUGAUCUCUCAGCAGCCACCUUACGACAACGCAAGGCCUACCAGAAAGUUGCAGAAACCUUGCAUGAACAUCGCAUCCUGUACCGCUGGGGUUUCCCUAUCCACCUAAUAAUAUCCAGGAACGGGACUACAACAGUCAUCCACACAGUGGAAGAAGGCAUGCAGCUACUACAUCAGUGGAACCUGUCACCAGCGGGAGAAGCAUCGACACCCACGCUACCUAGAAUAGUGGACAAGGACUGGUCCCUUGCCUGA